AUGCCUAUCAACAUUCACAUUAUCGAGACGGGUACUAUUCGUAUUCGUCAAAACGGUUGGACUCAACCUCCGGGCAAUGUCCUUCUCCGCCGUCUUCGAUUCGUGACUGAUCGAAAAUAUACCCACCCGAUUCCAAUUUAUGCUUUUCUCAUCAAGCAUCCAGAGGGGAAUUUCCUCUUCGACUUGGGCGAGACGCCCAGAUGUCUAGAUGCGGGUUAUUAUCCGUGGUGGCAGCUCGGCCACCGUUUCGUCUCGAUGGAUAUCAAGCCCGAGCAAGGUCUCGGCACGCAGCUUCGGGCCCAGGGAAUUGAUCCGGACACGGACAUCAAGGCCGCCAUCAUUUCUCACUUGCACAGCGACCACGCCGGCGGCCUGCCCGACGUCCACGGCAAGACCGACGUCUGCGUCAGCCACAGCCACUGGUCCGCGUUUGGCGAGAAACCGAUGCACGCGGCCAUGGAGGGCGCCAACCCAGCGGCGUGGCCCAAGGGCUUCCGCCCGACCCUGCUCGAGCCCACCGGCCCGGCCAUUGGGCCCUGGGCGCACAGCUACCCCGUGACCCAGGACGGCACGAUCCUGGCCGUCGACACGCCGGGACACGUGCCGGGCCACAUUUCCCUCAUCAUUGUGGACGACGACGUGACGUAUUUUCUCGUCGGCGACGCGGCGUACAGCCAGGCGUUUCUCGACAAGGAGCAGACGGACGGAGUCAACUCGGAUCCGUACCUGGCGCUCGAGUCGCAGAGAAAGAUCAAGGAGUUUUGUCGGUCGCGCAGCGUCGUUGUGCUUCCGUCGCACGAGUUUGACUCGGUACGGCGGCUACAAGUCAAGGAGGUGUAUCGGCCGAGUGGCUGA